AUCCCGAUUCGGAAAAGGGGAAUUAACGUCUCUAAUUGGUUACUCCAUGUGAGACUGCGUCUGUAGCCGUGUAUGACGGCCGUACUAAUCACGGGAUCUACACAGAUGGCCUGUCCAUUAGCCUCGAUCGGUGCUAAAAGAUCGAAAAAAAUAUGAGGAAUGAUAUAUCGGACCCGGGGGUCGCGACUAUACGGGAUGGGGCACGCAGAAACCACUCAUCACACCAUUGCUAAAUUCCUUACCAGUAGCUUUUGUCGAGACCAUCGCGGUAGGGCGGGGAUGUAUCACCAACCAUCUAUAACUCCAGCCUUCUUCGGUGGAUGAUCAAUAACGAUACCCAUCAGCAUCGAGCAAAAUGACUACUACUCCUUUCCCAGACCUGCCAAAAAUCGGCGUCAAGUUCCCUCACUCCCCCAUCUCCAUCGCUGCCUUCGCAUAUACCAAGGAGCACACUACGGAACUUAUAUACAACCACUGCGUGCGCAGCGCCUACUGGGCCCUCCUACUCGCCAGAAAACUUCCCGAAUUCUCCUCUUCCAACCGCCACGUCAACCUCGAAAUCGUCGUCCUAGCCAACAUCCUGCACGACAUGGGCUGGGCCACGACCAAAGAAAUCCUAUCCGAAGAUAAAAGGUUCGAAGUCGAUGGCGCGGACCUCGCGCAUGAGUUCGUGAGGAAGUAUGCCGAGUCAGGUGCACCCGGAGCAGAGGAUUGGAAGGAUGAAGGGGAGAGCCAGGCUAGGGUUCGACUUGUUUGGGACGCGAUUGCGUUGCAUGCUACGGGGAGUAUCGCGCAACAUCAUCCCGCGCGUGAAGUCGCGCUUGCGCAUAUGGGCGUUAUUGCCGAUUUGACCGGCCCCUUGUUCCCGGCCGGCGAGCUUGGUGCCGUGAUUACGGUUGCGGAGUACAAGGAAGUGGUAUCGCACUUCCCGCUUGUGGGGUGGAGUGCGGCAAGUGUUAAAGGGAUUAUGUGUGGACUAUGUCGCGAUAAGCCGGCGAGUACGUACGAUAACUUCGCGGCGGGGUUCGGUGCUCUUUUUGGGUUUGAUGGCGAGGGGAAUGGUAGGGAGGAAUACCUAAGAGCUAGGGAUGCAGCGAAUCCGGUUAGGGGAGUGGUGAGUGGAUUAGAGUUUUUGGAGGGGUUGAUGGAAGAAGAUACGGAAGGUCAGGGAGAGAGGAACGGGAAUGGAGUUGGAGCUUAAGGUUCAAAAAGGGGAUGAAAAGCAUGGCGCGUCUUUAAGUUUGGGUAGUCGGCGGGUUUAUGCAUCGGCGUGAGGAGGAUGGGGAUCUUGCAUGAUAAGGUUAACUUAAAUGGCAAGAGGCUGUCCCUAAAUCAUCUCUACUCCAUCUCUGGAAACCCUAGAGCAUCUAACAUCCAAUGCUCAUCUUUGAAGCCCUCAACCGGGUCGAGCCCCCUCAGGGGUCAAUCCUAAUGACAUAUUUUAAGAUUCUCAUGAGAUACAGCCGAGUCUCUUAUACAGCUGCAGCAUGU